UCAAUAACUCCAAGAUUUGUUAAGCAUACACGAAUUUUGUUCAAUCUGUUAUAGGCAGCUGCAAAAUUUUCCGUUAUAGCACACUCUAAUCCACGCUACCAGGAAAUGACAGAUAAAGAGAGGUUAGCCAAUGAUGACGAUGGCUUGGAAGUACCUAAACGCAAAGAAGGAAAGAGAUAUAUUCAAACAAGUGAGGACCACAAAAACACGACGUCUGAAAUUAUAGCAAUAGCUGUUUCAUGGAUCCUUGUAUUGGUCACCUUUCCAGUCUCCAUAUUCUUCUGUUUCGUUACGAUCGCAGAGUUUCAUCGAGCGAUAUUCUUCCGUUUAGGCCGUGUUAGACAAGGCGCACGUGGGCCGGGUCUGAUCUGGUUUUUGCCUUGCAUUGACUCCUACUCUCUAGUGGAUCUGCGCACGAGAGUGGAGGUGAUUCCAACCCAGGAGAUGAUCACUAAGGACUCAGUGACGAUCAGCGUCGAUGCAGUCCUGUUCUAUUAUAUCACAGGCUCAUUGCAUGCAACAAUACAAAUCUCGAAUUUGCACGAAUCAACUCUUUUUAUAGCUCAGACAAUGCUGCGUAACGCUGUGGGUUCUAAAACACUUCAUGACCUGCUGACCUCCAGGGAAGCUCUGUCUGAGGAGAUUGGUCUAGCUGUAGACCGCGCAACCGAGAAGUGGGGUGUGAGGAUCGAAAGAGUCGCAAUUAAGGACAUAAACCUACCAGAAAGUCUUCAGCGAACUAUGGCUAGCGAGGCGGAGGCACUGAGGGAAGCUCGUGCCAAAAUCAUAUCUGCGGAGGGAGAGCUCUUGGCCUCGAAAGCUUUGAAGGAUGCAUCUGAUGUGAUGGCUCAGAAUAAAGUUACCUUACAGUUGCGACAUUUGCAGAUCCUUACAUCGAUUGCUCAAGAGCGCUUAGUUACGAUAAUAUAUCCUUUCCCUAUGGAGGUAUUGUCACCGUUUGAGGUCCGUAAAAAGGGUGGUACGGCUGGUUUCGCGCCCUUUUUAGAACUGUUUGGGUCCGAAACGGCAAAGAGUUCUGAAGCUGAAUACAGAACGACCUCUAAUGCAAUUGGAAAUGAUAUUAAUGAACAACCCGAGUAAACCGGAUCUUGAAGACCAAAGUUAGGAAUUGGACGCAUAUGCUAUAGUAAGUCUUAAACGGGGACGGGAAGAUGAUUACCAAUUUAUUGAUAUUUUAGUUAAAUGUAUCUGGAUACAAUUCGAGAAAAAGAUUUACAAUUUAAAAUA